AUGGCGGAGGAGAAGCCAAAGCGAGAAGAAGUGGAAGAGGAGAGAAAGGACAACUUGUACGACGUCGUUCAGCGUCUCAUCUUCGAACCUUCUAAGGUGAAGGCCUCCCUCGUCCCUCUUUUCCCGGAAGCUUCCAGAAAUUACACUCGCCAACUUCUCAUCUGGUCCCGUCAAGGCUCUCCCCUUCAACGCCUCCUCUGCAUCUCUGUUGGGAUAGUUGCUCUUGUCACUCUCUCAGGACUUGUUGCUUUUAUGGUCUUCUUUCUGGCUGCAACUAUAAAUGCCAUUUUGGUCUCCCUUCUCAUUUCUUUGGCAGUGGCUGGAGGAUUCUUGGCUCUGUUCUUUGUUUUUGUGACAGCUAUAUAUAUUGGAGCACUAUCGGUGGCCAUCUUUGCUCUUUCCACAGUUACUUUUUGGGCUGUUGUGGCUGUUGUUAUUACUUCAGGAUGGGUUGGAUUCCUUUAUACCUUGUGGCUGGUAACUAGAAAGAGCCUUGGAUUUGCAAAGCAAUCUCUUAGUGUAACUGGCUCUGCAAUUACUACUUAUGCUGCUGCUUGGGGUACUCGCAACCUUGCAAACAAAAAAGCAAUUUAG